AUGACCAAUGCAUUUUCUACUCAAAAUGUUAUUGGGGAAGGAGGGUUUGGGUGUGUUUACAAAGGUUGGCUGCCAGAUGGAAAAAUAGUUGCAGUAAAGAAGCUUAAGGCUGGUAGUGGACAGGGAGAAAGGGAAUUCAAGGCUGAAGUGGAGAUCAUCAGCCAUGUUCAUCAUCGACAUUUGGUGGCAUUAGUUGGUUAUUGCAUAUGUGAGCAGCAAAGAAUUCUUAUCUAUGAGUAUGUUUUCUUCAAAGAUCAUCACUUGCAUGAAAGUGGAAUGCCAGUGUUAGAUUGGGCCAAGAGGCUAGAGAUUGCAAUAGGUGCUGCAAAGGGCUUAGCAUAUCUGCAUGAGGAUUGCAGCCAAAAGAUUAUUCACAGAAAUAUAAAGUCCGCAAACAUACUUUUGGAUAAUGCUUAUGAGGCACAGGUUGCUAACUUUGGACUUGCGAGGUUAGCUGAUGCUGCCAAUACCUAUGUAUCAACUAGGGUCAUGGGAACCUUUGGUUGCAGUGUUCAGAUGCUCAGGUUUUUUGGAAUAGGUUACGACUCUCCCACUUUUGCCACUGCAAUGCACUGA